AGUCCUUCUCUCUCUCAAUCCUUUUCUCUCUUCUCAGUCUGCCAGCAGCUACUGUCUACCAGUCUCCUACUUGGAAACCAGUGGCUUCUGCCGCCUGGGCACAGGGGCUCCUUGGGUAAGGGCAGCAGCAGUGGUGGCAAUGCACCUGUAGUCUGCCAGGCUUCCCUUGGCUCCUGGAGAGCCCCAGGUGGGAAAGCAGCAUGGAUUUUCAAAGAAGGAAAGGGGAAGCCACAAGCAGCAAGAGCUGAGCAACUAUGCCCUUGGCAAGGGGCAAAGCCCACCCAAUGAGUUGCCACGGCCUCCCUCUGGCUGCGCACCUGGGCUGACUUUUUAUGUUUUGACAAGAAGAACCAUCCUGGGCAGGAUUGUCCUCCCUGACUGAAGAGUUCCUGGAGCUGGCAAAGUUUGGCAAAGUGUGCCCUUCCUUGGAGACCACCACAGCAAGGGCAAAGGGGAGACGGCUACCUGAAGCAAACCCCCCUGGCAGAAGUGACCUUGGCACCACCAUGAAUGCUCCCUGCAACGCCUUUCCACUCCUCCUGGCGACCACUUUGCACCUCCACUACUGCGUGGCAACGGUAGAUGCUCCUGCAACCAACUAACAAGACACACUCAUCGGAGGAAGUGGUCCGGUUCUUAGACGUCUACAACCGCAGCAGCUGCCAGCCAAAGGAGACGAUGGUGUCAGUGAUGUCGGAGCACCCGUACAUGGUCAACCACAUUGUGAUGCCCUCGUGUGUGGCCUUGAAGCGCUGCGCCGGUUGCUGCGCCGAUGAAUCGCUGGAGUGCAUGCCCACCCAGACCCGCGAAUUGGUCAUGGAGGUGAUGCUGACCCUAUUCCCACACUUUCAUCUGAAUCAGUUGACAUUUCUGGAGCACACCCAGUGUACAUGCAGAUCAAAGAAGACAUUUUACAGAUUGAACGGCAUCAGGCCGGUUUGCACACCAUGCCUGGACAGGAAAAGGUGGCUGGAUCCACGGACCUGCAAGUGUGUCUGUCGACGUGACUCCAAACAUUGCGAGGCCCGGGGUCUGAAAUUCAACAAAGCCACUUGCAGGUGUGUGAAUUUGCAUCGCCGAUCUAGCAACAGGAGAGCCAAAACAGCAUUGUAGCAGAUUGAGACAGAAGGACUUCGGUUUUGGACUCUCCUGGAUUGGUGGCUGGCAACCUUUCUUUGCUGGAAACGAAACACGCUGCUUUUUGAGAUCUCCAUCAAAUGCUAGGAAAGGAAAAAGAUGAAAUAUAUGCCUACACCACUUUGGAUUACCUCUCUUUCCAGUGUGCCAAAGGCUAUGCCACCCAGAACGGUACCACACUCCUGCAAAAAAAUCCCCUACGGCUUCAACACAAUUGAGGGAUAUUCCGUCCAUAUUUAAAACCCUAAAUCACUCUCCUUCUUUUAAUUUAAUGGCCCCUCCUUUGAGGGGAUCUUUCCCUUGUUUUCCUACCCACCCCCUUGCGAUUAUUAUUUAAAAAAGCAAAAACAUUCCGUUCCUUUCUCCAUUUGCAUCGUGGGGGUUAAAACUUCGAGAUGUCAUCUUCUUUUGAUCCGAAGAGGACAUUUUCAAAGAGGAAUUCUUAUUCUUACCAGCCUUGACAAAUGGUGUUGGGGAGAAUGCUGUCUCCGUUUGUGCUUUUCAUUGUACAAUUAUUAUAAAGGAUAUUGCUGUCAAUAUCCACAUCCAUAAAGAUCUGCCUCUAAGAUGCCACCAUGGGGCAAUGACUUCUCCUA